GAUUUGAAAUCUAGCAAUCAGCGAGAUGAAAUUGCUGCAGCACGUGCAUCCCUGAAGGAGAAUUCCUCUCUCCUGCAUUCAAUAUGCUCAGCCUGUUUGGAACAUUCUGAUGUUGCAUCCCUUGCAGCCAGCAAGGAUUCAGUUUGCAGUGAGAUACAGAAUGCUCUCAAUGCCAUUUCUAAUGCUUCCCAAGGAGCCGAAAAUAAAACAGAGCAACCUACGUCUUGCACGGAUACUCUUGGAAAUGCACUUGAUGAGCUUGAGAAUUUAAUUGUCCUGGAUCCUCUUGAAUUGAAUGAAGAGAAGUUAAGGCCAUCCCUAGAGAAACGUCUGGAAGCUAUCAUCAGCGGAGCAGCUCUGCUGGCUGACUCCUCCUGCACGCGUGACUCGCACCGCGAGCGCAUCAUCGCCGAGUGCACCGCGAUCCGCCAGGCCCUGCAGGACCUGCUGGCCGAGUACAUCAGCAAU